GAAACAAAAGAGUAGCGAGGGGGAGGGCAAGGAGUGUGUGUGUGUGUGUGCUCUUCCUCCCUCCCUCCCUGCCUCCCGCCUGCCUCUCUUUCAGGUGGUGGAAGAGGAGUGCCCUCGCGCCGCCCAUGGGUCCGGAGGAGAGAAAAAGAGAGUGAUUCACAAAAGCGUAGAACAAACAAGACAGCACGUUUGUUGCCUGCCUGCCGCAAGUACAGAGGAAUGGACCGCGCGAGCGCAGGGAGCCAGCGCAGGGCUCGUGCGGCGCGCGCCUGCCUGAGGAGCUCUUGCUGCUGCUGGGAAGCAAUUGGAACCAGCGCGCGCCGCCUCCGCGCCACCCCGAGCAGCAGCAGCCGUCGCCGCUUGCCGUCCUCCGUCGUCUCCUCCUCCUCCUCCGCGAGCUGCUGAGGCGCAGCUCUCUCGCCUAGCGAAGGGGCUCUUGCUGCUCCUUUCAUUCAGUCGGUGCCGCUGCCUUGGCUCGGGCGCAGCUCGGGGAAAGAGAGCGACUGCCCCUUUCAGCCCGUUGCCGCCUCCUCGCCUCGCCUCGCCUCCUGCCUCCUCCUCCGUCGCUGCCGUCUCUGGAGUGCCUUCUGUUCUCAGCGCCCGCGAAGCAGAAGAAAGGAAGCUUCCUUUCGUCGGGGGCGGCUUCUCUCUUCCUCGCUCGCUCGCCCCCUCCCUCCCUCCCUCUUUUUUUCUUCUUCCCUGAGGGUGGGAGGGGAGAAGAGUAAGAGCCCCGGCGAGGCAAGGCAGACGCGCGCAGCCCGCCCGCCCUGGGUGUGCGUCAAGGAGCCAUGCGAGAAUACAAAGUGGUCGUGCUAGGCUCGGGCGGGGUGGGCAAAUCCGCGCUCACUGUCCAGUUCGUGACGGGCUCCUUCAUCGAGAAGUACGACCCCACCAUCGAGGACUUUUACCGCAAGGAGAUCGAGGUGGAUUCCUCGCCCUCGGUGCUGGAGAUCUUGGACACGGCCGGCACGGAGCAGUUCGCCUCCAUGCGGGACUUGUACAUCAAGAACGGGCAAGGCUUCAUCCUGGUCUACAGCCUGGUCAACCAGCAGAGCUUUCAGGACAUCAAGCCCAUGCGGGAUCAGAUCAUCCGGGUCAAGAGGUACGAGAAGGUGCCCAUGAUCCUAGUGGGCAACAAGGUGGACCUGGAGGGCGAGCGGGAGGUCUCGUACGGGGAAGGCAAAGCGCUGGCCGAAGAGUGGAGCUGCCCCUUCAUGGAAACUUCAGCCAAAAACAAAGCCUCAGUGGACGAACUCUUUGCCGAGAUCGUCAGGCAGAUGAACUACGCUUCCCAGCCGAAUGGGGACGAUCAAUGCUGCUCUUCCUGUGUGAUCCUCUGAGAGAGUAGGAGACCGCACGAUUGUGUCCCUUUCUCCUGUGUCUUUUUGAAAUAAAGGUUUACAACAACACACGAAAAGGCGGCGGCAAUGUCAUCCUGUGAAACUCAAGCUUUGAAACAAUUUUGCAUUACAUCAGGAUUCCUUCCAGGUUACGGCUUCUGCUCCUGCGGGCGGUUAUCAGUGUCAUGGGUGUGCGUUGUCUCUCGCUAACAUCUGGCCAAAAAACAAAACAAAAUAUCGUUGGAAAUGUGGCGCUUUCCGCAUGUACAUGCCAUCGAUUUGAUUGUUGCUUAUUUCUUGUAAGUAUCUCCUUGCAGAUGGCUGUAUUGGCGACUGAUAACCAGUAGGAAAAGUUUGUGUGUGUUUGGGUGCUCCUUUGCAGUAGAAAGAGCGAGACAGAGACGGGGGAGUUAGCAAUUGCUUUUUAACUGGAAGAGCUCUAAAAAAACAAAACCAGACACCUCCAAGAAAUGAAGGGAAUCGGCGAAGGAAGAAUGUUUGUACAUGAGUGGGAGAGGGGAGUUAAGACCCUCCGUUUUUCAUUCAGAACCGGGCCUGUGACUAGGGAAUUUUGAUUCUGAGGAUUUCUAUGCAAAGUUGGAAUAUUUGUUAACAAGCCAAUCCCAUCUGAAGAAGUAUUGCCCGUGUACUGCCUGGACUUUAAUAACACUGAUGCCAAUACAGUGUGUGAGGUGCCAGAAAAGUGUCUGCUGAUUACUUGUGAAAUCUUCUAUUUUGUUUACCUACUGUAUCGAAAGGGAGGGGAUGGAGAGCAUUUAUUUGUGUGUUUUUUUAAAAAAGAAAAUCAGCUGUGAAACAUUACAGGUCUGCACAAUU